CAUUUUUCAGAUCGCGCCAACACAUUUCAUAUGAAUAUCACGUGGCUAGAGGCGCCAAAAGUAUGACGUCAGAAUUUAAAAAGCGUCACCGAUUCGCUUGUAAUCAGGUCACCCAGUCCAGUCAAUAUUCGUUAUAGCAGAAAUCAUCUAGCGUACUCUGCAAUGUCUUCGGCUUGUACAAUUUUACGGCGAAGUAUAUCAACUACCUGCGUAUGUCAUGGAAAGCGUAAUUUCCGUAAAUUCUUACUAUACAACAAACGCGGUACUCGUCUCUUCAAGGAACACCAAAGAACAGCUCUCAAUCCAGUCAUACCAAUUGAUCACCGUGGAGUGAGACCAGUUGGUUAUCACCAUGAUAAUGAAUUUAUCACAAUCCCUGAAAUGGUGCCUGAUAUUAUUGUACCAUCACUAGAAGGCUUUAAUCUAAAACCUUAUGUAGCUUACCAUACGGUAAAUGUAGAACAAUCAGAAUUUACUCCCCAAGAUUUGUUCGAUGCUGUUUAUGCUCCAAAGAUUCAUGAUGAUUUUCAAAAAAAGAAAUUAGCUGAAGACGGUAGUCCUUUAGAUCCAAAUGAGCAUGAAAAGCUCACAGCGGAAGACGCCAAACGAUUGGCAUCAAAAACAGGCUCUGAUCUUUUUGGUUAGUACUUCACUGCCACGCUAUUAAAUAACUUAGUUUUAUCAUCUGUAGAAAUUUAUGUAUGAAUAAAUUGGUCAAGUUCCACGUA